GACAGGAGCCAAAAUGGCAGCGUUCUUUUAUAUUCUUACAUCAUCUGUGCUCGAGCGACUUAUUCAACGAGACAUCUAAACCUUUUAGUAAGACGAUAUUUCGAUUAUCAUCAUAUAUAGGCGUUCGUUUUGGACAUGUCUGUUCUCUGUCGUCGUUAAGUACGAAAACAGCAGGUCCCUGAUUGACACAAGACCCGGCCCGUUCAGUCUUGUGUUUUCCAGCACUUUCUCUAUUAUGUCAACAAUGAGAGUUCCCCUUCAAUAGUUGUUGCAAAUGAAAAUGGAUGAUAUGUCUCUGUCAGGCCUGGAUAACACCAAGCUAGAGGCCUUGGCUCAUGACGUUUACUCAGACCUAGUAGAAGAUGCAUGUUUGGGGCUGUGUUUUGAGGUGCACAGGGCGGUCAAACAAGGCUAUUUCUUCCUGGAUGAAACGGACCAAGAAAGCAUGAAGGAUUUCGAAAUAGUGGACCAGCCAGGUGUGGACAUCUUUGGGCAGGUGUACAACCAGUGGAAGAAUAAAGAGUGUGUAUGUCCUAACUGCAGCCGCAGUAUUGCAGCUUCACGCUUUGCUCCUCAUCUGGAGAAGUGUCUCGGGAUGGGCCGCAACAGCAGCAGAAUAGCCAACCGCAGAAUAGCCAGCAGCAACAACACAAGCAAGUCAGAAAGUGAUCAGGAAGACAAUGAUGAUGUCAAUGACAAUGACUGGUCCUAUGGUUCAGAAAAGAAAGCCAAGAAGAGAAAGUCAGAGAAGAAUCCAAACUCUCCUAGGAGAUCCAAAUCUCUGAAGCACAAAAAUGGAGAGCUUAGCAGUAGUGUAAAUCCAGACCUUUAUAAGUAUAACUACAGUUCUGGCAUUAGCUAUGAGACUUUGGGACCUGAGGAACUGCGAUCUAUACUGACUACGCAAUGUGGGGUCGUAUCAGAGCACACAAAGAAGAUGUGCACUCGGUCCCAGCGGUGUCCCCAGCACACGGACGAACAGAGGAGGGCAGUAAGGGUCUUCCUCCUUGGGCCGUCCGCGUCGACUCUACCUGACUCCGAGACGAUGCUGGAAAAUGAUGGUUAUGAUGCCCCUGAUGGCCAGCUCAUCAUGUCCCGCCUCCAGUGGGACGGCUCCUCCGAUAUCUCACCGUCAGACUCAGCAUCUUCAAAAGCCAGCACCAACAACUCUGAAUCUAAGAGACCUAAGAAAAAGAAGCCCAGCACACUGUCUUUGAGUAGCACUGGAGGAGAGAGGGAUAAAGGACAGGAACGAGAGAGAGGAGACAGAGAGAGAGUAGCUGGAGGUGGGAUUUGCAGCAGCUCUCAGAAUGCACUGGGCCUGCCCAGUCGAAAAAAGCGACCACAACUGCCAGUUCCCCCAGCCCUCAGUAUCUACGAUGACCUAAACUAAACAUGUCUUUCAAAUACACACACACAAAAAAAAAAAAAACAUGCAUAAAUGUAUAGUUUCUGGGACCUGGAUAUUGCCUGAUCAUGACUGACUUGAUUAGUCCUUAGAUGAUCUCUGGUUUCCACCAUUUCAAGGAACAUGAACUUGUGGUGUAUAUGUUUACGAAAGGGAAGAUCGGGGUGGGGUUAAUUUAGAAGUUACCCAUUAUAAAUCCCAUUUCUAGGAUUUAUAGAUUAUAAGAAAACACAUUUGUUAUGGCACAGUGUUGCAGAGUGAAAAGUGAGUAUUGGCAUGUUUUCCUUUGGUGACUGUAUUUUUGUGUGUGGAUGCAAGUUCGAGAGAGAAAGAUUGUGUUUGCACAACUUUCUUUUUACACCAUGCUUUUCGUCAUUCUGUGUUAUUGCAUACUUUUGUGUGAUUUUUGGGUUUACAGUGAUAUGAAAAUGUGCCAUGGUUUGUGUGGAUGAAUGUUAAACAGAUGUGUGUGUGAAUGGGAUGUUGCAAAUAUUUUGUCCCUGGUGGCUCAUGUUACUUAUUGAGUAGUCAAUACAUAGGUUAAUCUGUGCAAUGUCCUCUACUGGUUUCCCUCAUAUUGUCCUGGUAAUGUUACUGCAACCUGUUGUUCUCUUUUCAGUGGCUUGCUAUGCUACUCAAACUCUUUCUUGACUAUGUCUUGCUAAACAAUGGAUUUUCAUUAGCGCUACUGACAGCUUUCUGCCAAAUCUGUGGAUGCACAACAUGUUGUUUGUUAAAAUGCUUUAUGUUUUGACUGAUGUUUUUUUUUUUUUUUUUUUUUGACUAUUUAGUCUCCUGUGUGAAUGUUUGUAAUUUUGUUUUUUUUUAUAUAAUCUUGGCUUUUUUGAGUACUUAUAUUUUGUCCUCUGUGUGAUUGUGUGCUAUGCAUUUCCUCGGAUCACAGAGUUUGGAUUGUUAAAAAGUUCAGAGCACUUUGUUAUAUUAGGUGUCAGCUUGUUUUAAGAAUUGUGGUUAAAAAAAAUGUAUUGGGGCAAAAGUGCAAAUAGUGAUUGAAGAUGCACUUAAAAGGAAUCAAAUCCAGUCAGUAUAGCCUUAUUGUCUUUUAAGUGAAAUAUUUGUCUUUUGUUUGUGAAUUUAAUGACUUGAAUUUUAAAUAAUCUCAGAGCUCUUUCUCUUGAUCAAGGCAGUAUUAAUGGAACGGCCUGCAUGAUGAGAAAAAAGACAAAAAUACAAAAACCUGGUACAAUUCACACAGGAUAUACCUUUGAUUUGGGUAGGUGUAUGUAUGCCCUAUGUUUACUGUGAUUUCUCAGUGGCUUGUAGUUAACUCUCUAGAUGUGUAAAUAAAACUCAAUAUUUCUCAGGA